UUCUCCUCACCCUUCAUCCUCCCCCUCCCCAAUCCCCUGGGAAAGAGGAGAAGCCUAGAAGAGGGCAGUUGAAGCUCAGCAUCCUUCUCCUCCUCCUCUUCCUCACCCUUCAGCCUCCACUGAAGCAACCAAUCAAUUGUAUUGAAGCAGGGAGACUUGGGGGUUCCUCAUUCCUCCUCCUCCUGUCACUUGGGAAAAAAGAGAGGGGCCCAGAAGAAGGUUGAGUCUCAGCACCCUCCUCUUUCUCACCCUUCAGUCUCAACUGAAUCAACCAAUUGAAGAAGGGAGACUUGUGAGGGCCUUGUUGAGGCUCACCCUAGAAGAAGGCAGUUGAGGCUCAGCACCCUCUUCCUCCUUUUCAGUCACCUGGGCAAGAACAUGGGCCUAGAAGAGGACAGUUGAGGCUCAGCCUCCUUUUCCUCGCCCUUCAUCUUCCUUCUUGCUAAUCGCCUGGGAAAGAAGAGAAGCCUAGAAGAAGGAAGUUGAGGUUCUGCACCUUCUUCUUCCUCAGCCUUCAGUCUCAACUGAAUCAACCAAUCAAUGGCAUUGAAGAAGGGAGACUUGAGGGUUCCUCGUUCCUCCUCCUGAGCCAAUCAAUGGCACUGAAGAAGGGAGACUUGUGAGGGCCUUGUUGGGGCCCAGCCUAGAAGAAGGAAGUUGAGGUUCUGCACCUUCUUUUUCCUCAGCCUUCAGCCUCAAUUGAAUCAACCAAUCGAUUGCACUGAAGAAGGAAGACUUGGGGGUUCCUCGUUCCUCCUCCUGAGCCAAUCAAUGGCACUGAAGAAGGGAGACUUUUGAGGGCCUCAUUGGGGCUUGGCCUAGAAGAAGGCAGUUGAGGCUCCGCAUCCUCCUCUUCCUCAGCCUUCAGCCUCAACUGAAUCAACCAAUCAACCACACUGAAGAAGGAAGACUAGGGGGUUUCUCAUUCCUCCUCCUGAGCCAAUCAAUGGAAGACUUGUGAGGGCCUUGUUGGGGCUCAGCCUAGAAGAAGGCAGUUGAGGUUCUGCACCCUCCUCCCCUAGGCCCCCAUCUUCUCUCUUCUCCUGGCUCUUCCUCCUGCUCAGCCUCGGCCACCUCCUGGUCUUCCUCCCGGAUCCGCCUGGGCUGGGAUGCGUCUCCCCGCGGGGGGCUCGCCGGCCAGCUUGGAGACGAGGGCCCUCCCGGUGGCGCCAUGGCUCGCUUUGGCGAGGAGCUGCCCAGCGGGCGCGGGCUUGGGGGUCCUCCCCGUGGGGGCAGUGGCAGCCUGGGGCCCGGCGGGGCAGGGCGGCCCAUGGCGGGCGGAGGACCCUCUUCUGGUGCCGGAGGAGGCACCCCUGCUGCUCCGGCCUCCCGCCCACCCAUCUACAAGCAGUCCAAGGCCCAGCGGGCCCGCACCAUGGCCCUCUACAACCCCAUCCCUGUCAAGCAGAACUGCCUCACCCUCAACCGUUCCCUCUUUGUCUUCAGCGAGGACAACGCCGUGCGCAAGUACGCCAAGCGCAUCACCGAGUGGCCUCCAUUUGAGUAUAUGAUCUUGGCGACCAUUAUCGCGAACUGCAUUGUGCUGGCUUUGGAGCAACAUUUACCGGAUGGAGACAAGACCCCGAUGUCGGAGAGGCUGGAUGACACCGAGCCAUACUUUAUUGGAAUAUUUUGCUUUGAAGCGGGCAUCAAAAUCAUUGCGCUGGGCUUUGUCUUUCACAAAGGCUCUUAUCUCCGAAACGGCUGGAACGUGAUGGAUUUUGUGGUUGUCCUUACCGGGAUCCUUGCCACAGCUGGGACCCAGUUUGAUCUACGGACUCUGAGAGCCGUGAGAGUACUGAGGCCGCUGAAGCUUGUCUCAGGAAUCCCAAGUUUACAGGUUGUCCUCAAGUCCAUCAUGAAGGCGAUGGUGCCUCUUCUUCAGAUCGGGCUCCUCCUCUUCUUCGCCAUUGUGAUGUUUGCCAUCAUCGGACUGGAGUUCUACAUGGGCAAGUUCCACAAAGCCUGCUUCUCCAACGAAACAGGAGAGAGGCUGGGAGAUUUCCCAUGUGGAGAAGAGAAGCCUGCCAGAAUGUGUGAUGUCGGAAUAUGCAGGAAAUACUGGGAGGGUCCCAACUUUGGAAUCACCAACUUUGACAACAUCCUGUUUGCUGUGCUCACCGUCUUCCAGUGCAUCACCAUGGAGGGCUGGACAGACAUCCUCUACAAUACCAAUGACGCCGCAGGGAAUAUGUGGAAUUGGCUUUACUUCAUCCCACUCAUCAUCAUUGGCUCCUUCUUCAUGCUCAACCUGGUUCUUGGCGUCUUGUCAGGGGAGUUUGCCAAAGAACGAGAACGAGUGGAAAAUCGGCGGGCCUUCUUAAAACUCCGGCGACAGCAGCAGAUUGAAAGGGAGCUCAAUGGCUACUUGGAGUGGAUCUUUAAGGCAGAGGAAGUGAUGUUAGCAGAGGAAGACAAGAAUGCAGAAGAGAAGUCCCCCUUGGAUGUCCUAAAAAGAGCCACGAUCAAGAAGAGCAAAAAUGAUCUCAUCCAUGCUGAAGAAGGGGAGGACCAUUUCGCGGAUGUUUGCUCCGUUGGGUCUCCGUUUGCCCGGGCCAGCUUGAAGAGCGGCAAAAAUGAGAGCUCCUCCUACUUCCGCAGGAAAGAGAAGAUGUUUCGGUUCUUCAUCCGGCGCAUGGUGAAAGCCCAGGGCUUCUACUGGAUGGUCCUCUGCGUGGUGGCCCUCAACACGUUGUGUGUCGCCAUUGUGCAUUAUGACCAGCCGGAGGGGCUCACCACCGCACUGUUGAUGGAAUAUUCCUUUCUUACCAUGUCAAAGUCCUCAUUCCUCAAGACCCACAGGACUGAGAGGACCUGGCUGGUGGUGUUCAUCUCAGGGAUGAUGUCCAAGAACUCGUUCAGGGUCACAGGGGCCUUCAUUUGGGGCGGGGGCUUCCGCAUGGAUGACGGCAGGUUGGGCAUGAAAGCCCCCAGUUCAAACUGCCAUGUGAUUGUGGGGAGCAUCUUUGAAGUCAUCUGGGCCGCGGUGAAGCCUGGUGCCUCCUUUGGCAUCAGCGUCCUGAGAGCUCUUCGACUGCUGAGGAUUUUCAAAGUCACCAAGUAUUGGAAUUCCUUAAGGAACCUUGUGGUCUCGUUGCUGAAUUCCAUGAAGUCCAUCAUCAGCUUGCUCUUCCUCCUCUUCCUCUUCAUUGUCGUCUUUGCUCUGCUGGGGAUGCAGCUCUUUGGAGGACAGUUUCAUUUCAACGAUGAAACACCAACCACCAACUUUGAUACCUUCCCCACUGCCAUUCUUACUGUAUUUCAGAUCCUGACCGGAGAAGACUGGAACGCAGUGAUGUAUCAAGGGAUUGAAUCCCAAGGAGGCGUCCACUCCGGGAUGUUCUCCUCCGUCUACUUCAUUGUCUUGACGCUGUUUGGUAACUACACGCUCCUGAAUGUCUUCUUGGCCAUUGCGGUGGACAACCUUGCCAAUGCACAAGAGCUGACCAAGGAUGAGGAGGAGAUGGAAGAAGCAACCAAUCAAAAGCUCGCCCUGCAGAAGGCCAAGGAGGUAGCAGACGUCAGUCCUCUGUCGGCAGCAAACAUUUCCAUAGCUGCCAAACAGCAGAACGCCUCCAAAUCGAAAUCUGUGUGGGAGCAGAGGACCAGUCAGAUACGGAUGCACAAUUUCCGGACCAGUUGUGAAGCCUUGUACAGUGAGUUGGACCCAGAAGAAAGAGUGCGCUAUGCGACCAACCUCCACAUCAGGCCAGAUAUGAAAACGCACUUGGAUCGGCCCUUGGUGGUUGAGCCUCGGAGCAAUGGGCGAAGCAACAACAACAUCAAUAAGCUAAGUCCCAGUGACGUGCAAGAAGGAGAGGAGCAGCCCAAAGCCCCCUCAACCGAAGGCACAGAAGGGCCACGGAAGCAUCAUCGGCACCGAGAGAAAGACAAGGCAGGGGAGCACGAGAAGAGCCACGCGGCCAAGGAGGAGAAUGGGGACACUGGCCAGAACCAUAAAGAGGAGCGCCGUCGACCCCACCGGAGCCACAGCAAAGAAGGUGAAGGUUGUGGAAAGGAAGGGAAAAGUGAGCGGAACCGAGGCCAGGAUGGAGGGAGACGCCAUCACCGGCGGGGCUCUGUGGAGGAUGGAGCCGAGAGGGAGCAUCGCCGCCACCGGGGUCACCGCCACUCGGCUGAGCACCAAGCCAAAGAAGGCAACGGAGGCAUCAACGGGGCCAAGACGGAGCGCCGCUCGCGUCACAGAGGAGGGUCCAGACCUGGGAACCGAGAGGGAGACCCAAGCUCCAAAGGUGAAGGCGCGGAAGAGCCCCACAGACGGCACAGGAUGCGGCAAAAGGCGCUCUCAACCUACGAGUCAGUAGACAAGGAGAACGGGGAGAAAGAGAGUGAGGCGGUGGAGAAAGAGCUGAGGAACCAUCAGCCCAGGGAAGGUCACCAUGAGAUGGAGACUGGUGGGAGCGUGACCAUUGCCCCUCUCCACACUUUGCCCAGCACUUGCCUGCAAAGGGUACCGGAGCAGCCGGAAGAUGCCGACAACCAGAAGAACGUCACCCGCAUGGCUCAGCCGUCUCUGGAGAAGUCGACCGGUGUGAACAUUCCCGUCACUAUCACGGCCCCUGCUGGGGAUGCUGCCGUCAUACCAAUGAACAACGUUGAAUUUGAAACCAAAAUUGAAGAGAAGAAGGACAUGGAUGUGGACAAUGACUUGACAGAAAAUGGACCAAAACCAAUCUUGCCUUAUAGUUCCAUGUUCAUCUUAAGCCCUACUAACCCAAUCCGCCGCCUGUGUCACUACAUUGUGAACAUGCGCUACUUUGAGAUGGUCAUCCUCAUGGUCAUAGCCCUCAGCAGCAUUGCAUUGGCAGCAGAAGAUCCCGUCCAAGCCGAGUCUCCAAGGAAUGAGGCCCUCAAGUACCUGGAUUAUAUAUUUACAGGUGUCUUUACCUUUGAGAUGGUGAUAAAGAUGAUUGACCUGGGUCUCCUUCUUCACCCUGGUUCCUACUUCCGUGACCUCUGGAACAUUCUGGAUUUUAUUGUGGUCAGUGGAGCUCUUGUUGCCUUCGCCUUUUCAGGUAACAAAGGGAAAGAUAUCAACACCAUCAAGUCCCUCAGAGUCCUGAGGGUCCUUCGGCCUCUGAAGACCAUCAAGCGCCUGCCCAAGUUGAAGGCUGUCUUUGACUGUGUGGUGAACUCUCUGAAGAACGUCCUCAACAUCCUCAUUGUUUACAUGCUCUUCAUGUUCAUCUUUGCGGUCAUUGCUGUACAGCUCUUCAAAGGCCGGUUCUUCUACUGCACUGAUGAGUCCAAAGAUCUGCAGAAAGAUUGCAGGGGCCACUAUCUAGCGUACGAUAAAGAUGAGGUGGCAGCCCAACCCAGGCAAUGGAAGAAAUAUGAAUUCCACUACGACAAUGUCCUCUGGGCUUUGUUGACCCUGUUCACUGUCUCCACAGGAGAAGGCUGGCCGACUGUCCUGAAACAUUCUGUUGAUGCCACCUACGAGAACCAAGGCCCAAGCCCGGGUUACCGAAUGGAAAUGUCCAUCUUCUACGUGGUGUACUUUGUCGUUUUCCCCUUCUUCUUUGUGAACAUCUUUGUUGCCUUGAUUAUCAUCACCUUCCAGGAGCAAGGGGACAAAGUUAUGUCUGAAUGUAGCCUGGAGAAAAAUGAGAGAGCUUGCAUUGACUUUGCCAUAAGUGCCAAGCCCCUGACCCGCUACAUGCCUCAGAACAAGCAGUCCUUCCAGUACAAGAUGUGGAAGUUUGUCGUCUCACCGCCUUUUGAGUAUUUUAUCAUGGUCAUGAUUGCACUCAACACCAUUGUGCUCAUGAUGAAGUUCUAUGGUGCCCCAGACCCCUAUGAAGACAUGCUGAAAUGUCUCAAUAUUGUGUUUACAUCCAUGUUUUCGCUGGAAUGUGUGUUGAAGAUCAUUGCCUUUGGCGCACUGAAUUAUUUCCGUGAUGCCUGGAACAUCUUUGAUUUUGUCACAGUCUUGGGAAGUAUUACUGAUAUUUUAGUAACAGAGAUUGCGGACAAUUUCAUCAACCUCAGCUUCCUCCGGCUCUUCCGGGCGGCCAGGCUGAUCAAGCUCCUUCGCCAGGGCUAUACCAUCCGGAUCCUGCUCUGGACCUUCGUACAGUCUUUCAAGGCCUUGCCAUACGUCUGCCUCCUCAUUGCCAUGCUCUUCUUCAUUUACGCGAUUAUUGGCAUGCAGGUAUUUGGAAACAUUGCUUUAGAUGACGACGGUGCCAUCAAUCGACACAAUAACUUUCAAACUUUUUUGCAAGCCUUGAUGCUUCUUUUCCGGAGCGCAACUGGAGAAGCCUGGCAUGAAAUCAUGCUUGCGUGCCUAAGCAACCGGGCCUGCGACAAGCUCUCCAACCUCAACAAAAACGAAUGUGGCAGUGAUUUUGCCUAUUUUUACUUUGUCUCCUUCAUCUUCCUCUGCUCCUUUCUGAUGUUGAACCUCUUUGUGGCUGUGAUCAUGGACAACUUUGAGUACUUGACACGCGACUCUUCCAUCCUAGGACCUCACCAUCUUGAUGAGUUUAUUCGAGUGUGGGCAGAAUAUGACCCAGCUGCCUGUGGGCGCAUCAGUUACACAGACAUGUAUGAGAUGCUGAGACACAUGUCUCCACCACUUGGACUGGGAAAGAAAUGCCCAGCUCGGGUAGCCUAUAAGCGCUUGGUAAGAAUGAACAUGCCCAUUUCAAACGACGACUUAAGUGUCCACUUCACAUCCACGUUGAUGGCCUUGAUCCGGACGGCUCUGGAGAUCAAACUUGCAUCAGGAGUCCUGCAACACCAGUGUGAUGCUGAGUUAAGGAAGGAGAUCUCACUUGUGUGGCCCAAUCUGUCCCCAAAGACCUUGGAUCUGUUGGUGCCACCUCAUAAAGCAGAAGCAAUGACCGUUGGCAAAGUCUAUGCAGCCCUCAUGAUCUUUGACUUCUAUAAACAGAAUAAAAACACACGGGACCCUGCACACCCAGCCUCGGGAGGUCUUCGCCAGACUGGGACCGUUUCUCUCUUCCAGCCAUUGAAAGCAGCCCUUGAGCAAAGCCAACCAGUGUUCCCCAAUGCUUUCCUGCGGCAGAAGAGCUCUGCUUCGCUAAACAAUGGAGGUGCACUGCCAACGCCAGAGGUAGGAGGCAUCAAAGAAUCUGUCUCAUGGGGCACUCAGCGGACCCAGGAUGUGUUUUAUGAAACAAGGACACCAGCUUUUGAGCGUGGCCGUUCUGAAGAAAGUUCCAUCCAACCGAAAAGCAAACAGGGAGUUGAAAUGCGAGAGAUCAGCCCGACUCAGGUCAAUGGAGAACACCAACUUGGCCUGGAGAGCCAGGGGCGGGCAGCUUCCAUGCCACGCUUGGCGGCCGAAACUCAGCCCAUCCCGGACACAAGUCCCAUGAAGCGUUCCAUCUCCACGUUGAACCCACAGCGUCCCCAUGCCACACACCUCUAUGAACAUUCCCGACCAGCUGAACACACUCAUCACCAUCACCACCAUCGCUGCCACCGAAGGAAAGAAAGGAAACAAAAGUCUGUGGACAAGCCGCCCAACCACAUGGCUGACGGCGAUGCUCCUGGAGCUGAUCCUGCAUCCAAAGUGAAGAAGCAAGAGCGGGGUCGGUCCCAAGAACGGAAGCUUCAUUCCUCUUCUUCCUCCGAAAAGCAGCGCUUCUACUCCUGCGACCGAUACGGAAGCCGAGAGCACUCUCAGCCCAAGCCGUCGGAGCGCAGUCGGCCAACCUCCCCCAAUGGCGGGCAGGAGCAUGAGACACAGAAACAGGGCAGUGGCUCAGUUAAUGGGAGCCCCUUGCUGUCGACCUCUGGUGCUAGCACCCCGUGCCGCGGCCGGAGACAGCUGCCGCAGACGCCGCUGACCCCGCGCCCCAGCAUCACGUACAAGACCGCCAAUUCCUCGCCAGUGCACUUCUCGGGUUACCAGACUGGCCUGCCGACCUUCUCCCCGGGACGCCUGAGCCGGGGCCUCUCUGAGCACAACGCUUUGCUGCAUGGUGACUCCCAGGGCCCUUCCUCGCAGACCCUGGUGGCGCGGAUCGGUUCGGACCCUUACCUGGUCCAUCGGGAGGACAGCGACAGCCCCUACCAUGUGGUGCCUGAGGACACGCUCACCUUCGAGGAGGCCCUUGCCACGAAUUCAGGAAGGUCCUCUCGGACAUCUUACGUCUCCUCGCUGACGUCCCAAUCCCAUCAAAUCCGUAGAGUCCCCAAUGGAUUCCACUAUACCUUGGGUCUCAGCGCUGGCCCUGGGGGAAGCACCCGGGCGCGUAGCUAUUACCACGAACGAGACGAAGAUGAUUGGUGCUAGCAGGAACAAACCCAUUCUCUGCGCACUGGGAAUUGAUGAGUUUUAUCAUCGAGGAAGCUCCGUGUCUGUGCUUGCACGCAUGCUCAGCCCCAUGGUAUCUGGGCUGGAAGGGGAAAGAGGAGGCGACAAGUCCCUCCUUGUGGAAAACCCACACACACCAAGACGACUGCCCUACAAUGCACCUACAAGACCAUGGGAGAUGACACCUGCCUCUCUGGUAGCACCUCAUCUCUUUUUGGGCACUAGAGAGCGCUUGAUCAAAUUGGAGGAGGAAAGUCCAUUCCUUGGAAGGCCAAGGUGGGAGGAGCUGGCUCCCACUUUGCUCCAUCUUUGCCUCAUCGAGGUCAACUUCUUCCCUUGCCUGCCCACCCAGAUGACAAACCUGUCAUGAAAGCAAAGAACCAAGAGGGAGGAAGCCCAAACUUGGUUCUGUGGACCUUCCUGGUACUAGAACCUCUUCACAGUUAGUGGGAAGGAGAAGACACUUGUACCCAAACUCCAGAAGCUGGUUUCUCUUCUCCACUCUUUCUCAGUAGGGAGGUUGCUCACCUAGACAUGUGGGCUUCUUCCUCGCUGACCAACAAUCCUUUUCAAUGGAGCCAGAAACACAACAAGAAGCACCAAGUUGCCAUUCAUGAUCCGUUGGAUUCCUUUGUUUCAUUUUCACAUUGAGGUCAAUGUGUUGGGACGUUCCCAAGGGGAGCAGUUUUGGGGCAAGGACAGCUUCCAAGCUGCUGCUCCCUGCGGCUAACUUCUUUGAGAUCUCCUCUGUGUGAACACAAGAUGACUCUUUGAUCACUUCAUCUUGUUUACAAAUCCGUGUUUGUGCGAAGACAAGAGGGGGGAAAACCAGGAGAGGGAAAGCAGGGGAGUGGCAGGCGAAGGCAAUGUAACGCAGGUUUUCUAUCGAGCGAUUAGAUAAACUUUAACUUUCCAUUGUGUGCAUUCUUUUUGGUAAAACGUGCAGUAAAAGAAGAAGCAAAUGAAACAAACAAAAAAA